GGAGGCACAACAGACUCAGAGCCCCUUCCAUGGGAUUCAAGGUAAUCCUGUUGAGGGAGUUAGGGAAAGUCAGGGAUUAAUCACAGCAGAGCAGAGACAGAUGCCUCAGCCUCAACCCCAACCACAGCCUUUGAGGGAGUUAUCAGCCCCCAGAAUGGCAAGUCCUCGUUUCUCUGUGCCUCAGCAGCCAAAACCUGAAGUGGAACUGCCAGCUGGCACAAUCGAUAGGCAAACAACACAUGUGGCAUCUAUGCAGGAUUCUGAAAUCUCACCUCCUGUCAGGGCAGCUCCAACCUCCCUCAACCAGUUACUGGAUAACACAGGUAUCCCAAACAUGCCUCUUCGACCCAUACAGAACAAUACUGUUCGGGAUGUCAAGGGAAAGGACAGUCCCAAGUCUGCUUUGGAUCCAGACAGACCAAUCCACAGUAAUUCCCAAAAUACAGAUGUGGCAGCCUCUGUUCCUACUACUGCAACUAUAAAUGAAUCAGAAGCUAAACCCAGACCUGCUGUACCAGUCCCAACCAGCAGUCCUAACUUGCAGCCUGCUCCAAUUCCCAGCUUGCACCCUAGCACAAUUGUGAACUCCAAUACUACCCAGAGCCUUAAUAAAAACCCCAAUCCCAGUCUUGGUGUCAAUCCUACGAAUGUAAACCCAACAGCUGCUCUUUGUAACACCCUCAGUACUAACACUAAUACCACCCCAAUUGUAAGCCCCAACCCAGUCACUUCGGGUCAGAGCUGUUCUGCCUCAGCUGUAAGUACCAGUUCUAUCUCCAGCUCUGCUCUAAACCCAGCCAGUUCGGCUCUAAAACCAAACCCUAGUCCUAAACCUGUGACAAGUGUUCACUCAGUCAUACAGAUCCCUGCCUCCUCUAGCAACAUUUCACCCAACCAGAUCACUGUGUUUGUCAGCUCUAACCCCAUCACCUCUGCCUCAACUCCUCAGGCAGCUACGUCUAUGGUCUCCACCAUGUUGGCUGUCCCUAACAAGAACAUUAGACCUCAGGAUAUCCGGCAGCAGACCCCUGUCCCCCGACCCCCUCAGUUCAUCACUACCACCCCAGUAUUUAUCAACCCUAUUUUCCAGAUCCCGGGUGCAUCUGUGGCUCCCAAUACCACAGUGGUAUCACAGUCUAUGACCAUGGUAGGGCCUAUCCAAGUUUCCACAACAAACAUCCAGCUUUCUUCUGCCCCAAGCUCCACCCAGUCCUCAGGGACUAUCAUGACCACCACUCAGCUUGCUAGAAGUGCUGUUGGACAGGUCCAGAUUGCCAAUAGUAUGUCUUCAUCUGCUCAAGUUGGUACUCUCACAGCUCCUCAGCAAAUUAACAUUGGGACUCCUCUCAAAACAGAAAAUCUAGAUGAGGCAGGUUCUGCUCAGAAAUCUAGUCCCCCAGUCCAGCAGCCAUCUCCCCACCCACCACCUUCGGCAUCAUCUUCCUUUCAGCCCCCCCUGGCUUCCCCACCUCCUUGCUCUAGUCCUGGGGCUCUGAACUCCAUUCGAAAGACCCCCAUGUCUCCAUCCCCCACUACUCAAGUGAAAAGUAAGCCUGCGCAGGCUACUGCAGCUGUUUCUGGUUCGACCGACUCACAGCAGAAUCCUGCAGAAAGGCCAGUGCUUGGGCCCACUGUGACAGUGCCACCGCAGGUCUGUCAUCCAACUGCCAGUCCUACCAUUCAGAUUGAAGCACCAACUUCCCAUCCUAUUCCUGCUGCUUCAAACGGCAUUACUCCACCUGCACUCUCUUCUCCAGUCCCGGUUACUGGCCAAGUUGCUGUUCCUACUCAGAUUGUUACCCAGGCUCCAGCUCAAGUCCCAGGCCCAGCUCAGGCUGUGACUUCUCAAGCUCCUAUUGCCAGUGUAGUUGGUACUACCACUGUUGCUGCUUCUGCCGCUUUGCUGUCUACGGUCCCUCCUGUGCAAAGUCCCAUACCGUCCAUUGUUCCAAUUGUUGCUGCACCUGGACCUGUUCAGGAGGUUCCCCCCACCACAACCUCUCCAGCUGCUAACCCCAGUGGAGUUACACCAAUUCAGUCUGACCCCCCAGCCGUGGAACCUCCCAUGCUGCCUGUGGCAGCACCUCAUGAAACCACUCCGGCCGUCCCAGCACCUAUUCAACAAGAUGUCCCACAGUCACAAGAACCUGUUGCCAGUGAGAAGACGAGUGAAGAGGUCUCAACAGGUUCUGAGCAAGGAUGGGCAAAGAAAAGAAAGACGCCCAUCAACUUAGUCCCAAGAGCUGCUGUGGAGAAGCCCAAGGGACCGAGCCGACGCAGCUCCCGGGCAGAGAAGGAGGUGGAGGAGGAGCCAGUAGCAGAUAGUGGCAUUAGGAAGAGAUCAGCCAGGCCUGGAACCAGUGCUGCCGUAAAAGAAACUGCAGCGAGCCCCACCCAAGCCAAACGAAGGAAGUCUAAAUAGUCACAACUGCAGUUGUGGCAACCUGUGAACUGUACUGUAAAUGUUUUUGUUUUUUCGCUGUGAAUCAUUUGAUAUCGUUUCCUCUGCCCCCAGAUUAUGAAUUUUAUUUGGAGGAGGAAGCCAUGUACAGAUUGUUUUAAAAAGAAUUAUGCUUUUGUUUUGUCCAUGUUAUAAUUUGAGAUUGUAGUUAGAAUGUGUGCAUACAGUACGUAAUUGUGUGAAUGUGCUUUUUAUAUUAAAUGCUGGAUUAAUCAUGUGAAGACUGAUAAUGGAGCUUGUUAUGAUUGUAUAAUUAUGCUGUAAAACUGAAUUAAAUUUUCUACUGCUUUUUGUUCUGUGA